CGUUCGCUGUUCAUAUAUAAACAUUCUUCACCUAAUGCCCUGUCACAUCAGUGGCAACCUAGAGAAGAGUAAGAUCUGUUGCUGCUUUGCAGCUUGUUAGUUUUAUAUUUUCUACUUCAUAAUUUCCAUGAUCAAAUGGAUAUAAUAUAAAUAUCAAAAUUGGAGCCGCAUUUCCAGACGAUUAAAUACACAAGCGAUAAUAUUCCUUCUCUGAAUCAUCAAACAUCAUGACAGGACGUGUACGUACAAGAGAUGUUCCUUGGGGAAUUCGAUUUCUACAGAAUUUAACCGAUAAAUGUUCUAUUAGCUGUAAUGCCUAUUAUAGGGAAUUUGGAUAUAAAGCUUUAAUAGCUGCUCUCACCUUUGCUGCAUAUACAUGUUUCCAUAUGUGUCGAAAACCUUUGUCAGUUGUUAAAGCUGUUUUACAUCGUAAUUGUAGUGCAUUAACUCCUCCAGGAGAUAUACCUAUCUACGAUAAUGCUACCUGGUGUGAUUGGGCUCCUUUCAAUGGAACUGAUGCGAGCUCUUCUCAAAUGCUGGGAGAAUUAGAUUCGGCUUUCCUUUUUUCAUAUGCUUUUUCCAUGUUUGUAUCUGGCUUCAUCGCAGAAAGAGUAAAUUUGAGGUAUUUUCUUAGUUUGGGAAUGCUGCUCUCUGGAAUUUUUAGUUACAUGUUUGGAAUGGGAAAAAUCCUAAACAUUCAUGUAUUGAGCUUUUAUUUGACCUCUCAAAUAUUUGCGGGUAUAGUACAGACAUCUGGCUGGCCAGGAGUAGUUACAGUAAUGGGAAAUUGGUUUGGAAAUUCCAAAAAAGGAUUUUUAUUUGGAGUAUGGAACUGCCAUACAAGUAUAGGAAACAUUCUCGGAACAUUGAUAGCGGCUGCAUUUGUCGAACAUAACUGGGCAUAUUCAUUUAUAGUACCAGGAGCUAUAAUGGGAUUAGUGGGCUUCAUCCUUUUCCUUUUUUUAGUUGCCACUCCUGAAGACGUUGGUAUUGUUAGCAGUGAUGUUGAAAAUCAGAAACCUGAAAAGAGAAUGGUCAGUCAGGUAGCCAAUGAUAGUUCAUCUGGUUUUGACUCUGAAGUUGACGACACCGAAAUUAUAAUUGGGGAACAGGCUGUUCUGAGUAGAAAUGCUCAUUACUUGACGCAAUAUGAUGUAGAAGUGCAACGCAGGUUGACAGAGAGAAGUUUAUUGAUUCCAACUGGAUCAGAACAGGAGAAAGAAGUAGCAAUAGGAUUUUUUGGUGCUCUCACUAUUCCAGGAGUUAUAGAGUUUUCUCUUUGUUUAUUCUUCGCUAAACUUGUUAGUUAUACCUUCUUAUAUUGGCUACCACUAUAUGUCAAUUCAUCAACCACUCUGGGAGUAUCCGCAAGUGCUGAUCUUUCUACAUUAUUUGAUGUUGGCGGAAUGAUGGGUGGAAUAGCUGCUGGUGUCUUAAGUGAUAAUACAGGAAUGUCUGCAACAGUAUGCACUGGGAUGUUGACAAUUGCUGCGCCCUUUAUGCUGUUGUAUCAAAGUCUUGGUGCAAUGAGCUUGGGAACAAAUGUUAUUCUUUUGCUCAUUGUAGGUGGACUUGUUAAUGGUCCAUAUGCUUUGAUUACCACAGUAGUUUCAACAGAACUUGGUACACAUUCUAGUUUGGAGGGAAAUUCAAAGGCUUUGGCUACAGUGACUGCUAUUAUUGACGGUACUGGAUCUAUAGGUGCUGCUAUAGGGCCUCUACUCGCAGGAUUUGUAUCCAAUUACGGUUGGCAAAAUGUGUUUUACAUGCUAAUAGUUUCAGACAUACUAGCCCUUCUACUUUUAUCAAGGUUGACCAAAAAUGAAAUAUUAAAAUCUAGAUUAGUACGUAGAAGAUUUUCAGACUAAAUACUGUGAUACAUUGACUUGAAAGUACAAAAUUCGAUGGAAAUUUUAGAUUAUUUUUUACAUUUGGGUCGAAGUUAUUGUAUAUUUGAAUUUCACUCAGACACAAUAAUUGAGAGAUUAGAAAAGUCCAUAUGUAUAUAAAAGAGUGAUUUUCCAAGUUGAUGAGGGGGACUUAUGAUAAUAUAAAAUUAUUCGACUGUAUUUUAAGCAGUGAUGAAAUUUUUCUAGUAGCAGAUAGAUUGAUUUUUAUACUUCUGACUUGGAUAUAUCAAAUUACAUAUGUAUGUAUUACAUAUUCAUUUAUAAUUAUUGUUAGUAUGGAUAUACUAUAACUAAAAUUCCAGUCACAUCUUAUUAAUUUAUAGUUGAUGAAUUCAAUUGUGUUCAUUUAAUUUUAGCUUAUUAUACCUAAACUUUUGUGCAUGUUUAUCUGAGUAAAUAAAACAUGAAGAAAAAA